GAAGAAAUAUUCCGGAAAAGGAAGUAGUCAUUAAUUGUAGAUAUCAAGAUAAAUAUGUAGUCACCAAUCUGUUAAAUAGUUAGUAGAUCUGCGAGUUAUAAGGAAAUGCCUUUGCUUAUCCAAAACAGAGGAGUAGAAAGUAUAACCUCGACCGCAGAACUGUUCGACAAAUAUCCCCAUUUACAGGAAAAUGCAAAAGCCUUUCGUUCCCAUCCGCUGACUGAUGUUGACCCCAAGUGCCUUCUGUAUGUCCAACAAAGAGAGUUUGCUGCAACAACACCAGCAGACGAUAGUGUUUCAGUGAUUGGAUCUGACGAUGCCACCACCUGCCAUUUGGUUGUGCUGCGGCAUACAGGAAGUGGAGCUGCUUGCCUUGCACACUGCGACGGAUCCAACACUCGGUCCGAAGUCCCGCUCCUUGUUAAAUCUGUCACAUCACUGGCUAACUGCAGUAAGGAGGGCAGACUAGAACUGCAUCUUGUUGGUGGAUUUAGGGAUGAGGAAAUGACAUCCCAUGAACUGAGCCUUAACAUACUAGUAGCCUUCCAGCAACAGAACGAGGAUAUUCAUCUGGAAACAUGUUGCAUCACAGAAAUGAAUGAUGUUGUCAUCAAUGCAGUUCAUAGACCUGCUGUUUAUGGUUUAGGUAUAAAUGUUAAAACUGGGAUAGUGUUUCCUGCUGCUUUCCCUUGUAAAGGACCAGGAGAGAAAUUGCGGUCAGCACGCACAUUCACGGGUGGACAGAUGGUUGACAUUUAUGACUCUCGCCAAAGAAUUGUUAAAAUCGGGCCAUGCAAGUGGCCUAACAAUAUGGAUAUUGCCUUUUGGUUGUCACAAGACGACAACAUAAUUUUAAAGUGCUUGUCUACAUCGCCAUUGGCUGAGCCACCACACUUUGUCCAGCACAUGAAAUCCACCAUCCAGUUCCUCCUGGAGCACCCAGACUCUGAUAGUCUCUUCCCUGGUGGUCAGCCACAGUUCUACCACAGGACUGAGAGCGGGGACUGGGAGAGAGUUGCGUCUCUCACACCCUCAUCUACACCUUAAAUGUUGUACCCAGCUGUUUUCACCUCUUUUGAUUGUUGGACACAGAGUGACCUUUCCAAUCACGAUCUGCUUUACUCAUUGUGUCUUAAAAUGGACAUUACAUCUACGAACGGCUGUCUUGACUCAUCUGACUGGCCAAGUAGACGGUAGACACAAAAACAGCUUGUCUGCCAUAUUGUAAUAUGCCUGUCCGAACUCCUCUAUGCCUCAUUGUUUUCUUUUAAUGAAAAUUCUAAACGUUACUGUCAAUUCAUUUUACCACACAAAUUGUACAAAACUAAACAUAUAUGUAUGUAUUGGAUUCAAACAAUGGUUUCAAUCAAGAAAGUCGGUAUUUACUGUAUAAUAAUGCAUACUGGGUGUACUGUAUUGAACAAUAAUGAUAGGAAAUAUGAAAAUACAAAUCACCGCUACAUUGUUGAGCAGUCAAUUAAAUAAAUGUAUAAAAGUGGAACAAAACGACCAAAUGGUCUUCUAUGUGUGCAAAACUUAAGUUUAUGUUUUUGACAGGGAGAGCACUCAUUUGACUUAAGGGCUAAGGAACCUUUAAAGGAUCCUCGUGACGUACAUGUCCCUCCCUUUAUAACCCCCAUCAUUUGUAACUGAGCUACUGUGUGGAACAAUUUCCCUUGUGGAUCAUUAACGUUUGUCUAAGUCAGCGGUCGGCAACCCAAAAUGUUGAAAGAGCCAUAUUGCACCAAAAAUACAAUACAAAUAUGUCUGGAGCCGCAAAAAAAAAAAAAGCAUUAUUAUAAUAAAGGCAACACAUGAUGUAAGUGUCUAUAUUAGCCUACUAUCAAAGGCUGACGCAAAUUCUCGAUGACAGAAAUAUAUCUUAAUUUUUAUUCUACACAUUUUUGCAACAUUGGAAGUCAUUAGUAAAAUAGAGGCUUUUUACAGGAUCAGAUAACUUCUGGAAAUUACUGGCUCAAAAUGACCAAAGGUAUAGAUGUGUGUGUCCAAGUUUUAAGGAAAUGGAUUUAUUUAAAUCUUGCAAGCUGGUUAAUAUAUUGCUGUGGUCUGGAACAACAUGGCACACAAACAACUAUGAGAAAUACAGCCAAUAUUACAUAUAAUGUGUCAUGAGACAUGCAUAUAUAAAUUAAAUACACAUAGGACAUAAGUAAAGGAAAUUAAAUGAGCUCAAAUAUACCUACAAACGAGGCAUAAUGAUGCAGUAUGUACAUACAGCUAGCCUAAAUAGCAUGUUAGCAUUGAUUAGCUUGCAGUCAUGGAUUGACCAAAUAUGCAUUCACGCACAGCAUAAAAUGUUUGGUGGACAAAAUGAGACAAAGAAGGAGUCUUUCUGUGGCAGCAUCAGAGAAAUUUGUGCAUGUAAACCAACUAAGAUUAGUUCAAGGAUGGCUGAAAUUAGUAGGACAAAACGGUGCUUGCCAAAUACUCUCAUCAGUGAAGCAUGUUUAAUAUAAACAGUGGGAUUUUUUAACAUUUAGGAAGGUUUGUGUCAAGUUUGUCCUCCGACAGAAAAUAUAUUAAAACAAAAAAAUUAUUUUUUUCUACAUCUUUUUCCAUUUUCACACAUCUCUGAAAGAGGUCCAGGGAGCCACUAGGGCUGCUGACCCCCGGUCUAAGUCUAUCUUUAUGCAUGGUUGAUGCUCGUACUGUAUGUCAAGUGUCUAUGAGCUGUUACAUAAAUCAAGGAAAAAUAAAGAGUAGCUGUUUCACGGAACACGAACCAAUUUUAAUGGACAAGCGGUAGAAAAUGGAUGGAUGGAUGUAAAUAUCUUUGACCCAACUCUCUCAUUUGAGUCACACAUUAAGAGUGUUACUAAAACGUCCUUUCAUCUCCGUAAUAUCGCUAAAAUUUGUUCCAUUUUGUCCACCAGCGACGCGGAGGUCAUUAUUCAUGCGUUCGUUACAUCUCGUCUCGAUUACUGUAACGUAUUAUUUUCGGGCCUCCCUAUGUCUAGCAUU